UGCUGCUCCUUCCUGAUGCUAGAUCACCCUCAGCCUGGUCUCAGUGCUCAGCUCCUCCUGGCCUCCCUGCUCCGCUGGCCUCCAAUUCCUGGGAGCUUAGGCAGCUGCAUGUCCAGGACCAUGAGGACAGCAGAAGGGGGUGAGGAGGCCCCUGAGGCCCCCAUGCCCACCCACAUCAAUGUGCACAGCCACCAGGAGCCUGUGCUGAACCUGAGCUGCCUGCUGUGGCCUUCUGCCCCCAACACCACCUCCUGGACCCCAGGACACAGACGGCUGCUCGUGGCCUCCUCAGUGGUACAAAUCAUGCUGGGGCUGAUGAGUGGGGUCCUGGGAGGACUUGGCUGCAUCGCAUUCUCCAACAAUUACCCGUAUUCCAUGGAAAGAUGGGUCGCUGGCAUCUGGACAGGGGCUGUGGCUGUGCUGGCUGGAGUCAUUUGCUUCAUUUACGAGAAAUGGGGUGGCACCUGCUGGACCCUGCUGAGGACUCUGCUCGCCCUGGCAGCUUUUGCCACGGCCAUUGCAGCCAUCUACACUGGGGCUUAUUAUUUCCAGGAAUUAAGCUAUGUGUUUGAACAGGAAUUGUGUACUAGCCCCCCGUCCUGGGCACCUACCCUCCCCAUCAGCACUCCCGAAGAAGCCAAGAGGCAGCACUAGUGCCUGUUCUACCUGGACCUGAGCAAGUCCCUGACCAUUGGCCUUAAGGCCAUGCUGUUGAGUAUCUGGGUUCUGCUGCUUCUGACUUCUCUGACCCCCAUGUUUCUGUACUGCUGGAGAAGACUCCAACCCAAGGAGAAAAAAGACCAGAAGCCAUUGCUGGGAGCAAGUAUAAUCUAGCCCUGCCUCUCCUGAGUACUCAUGCCUGGAGCUCCUUCUGCAUCCAUGUCCCUGCGUCUGACUCCUUGAGUAAGAACCAGACCAAGGAAAUGAGACCUUCUAGUGACCCCAGUUAUCCUGCCCCACAGCCAGGGCCACAGCCACACCCUGUCCAACAACCCUCACAGUGCCUCUCACCUAUUUCUUGCACUCCUCCGCCAUACUGCCCCACUUCAUGUCCCCUCUUGAGCAGGAUGAUAAUAAACUCGUACAUUGUUGGUCCCA